AUGCCUAAAAAGAAAACUGGACAAAGAAAGAAAGCUGAAAAAGCUAAGAUAAGACAAAAGUUACUCCGAAAACAAGGACUAGAAAUAGAUCUUAUCAACCAUCCUUCGAACAUAUUGAUGGAGUGUGGCCAGUGUGGGAAGCGUCAGAAAAACCGGGCAUUUUGUUAUUUUUGUCAGUCUAUCCAAAGACUUCCAGUGUGUUGUCAUUGUGGUAAACAAAAGUGUUCUGCACGUUCUGGCGAUUGUCUGGUUAAACAUGGUUCUGGACAUGUUACUGGACUCAGUAUGGUGGGAGCGAUUUGCGACUUUUGUGAUGCUUGGAUAUGCCAUGGAGAGAAGUGUUUAUCCGUACAUGCAUGUGAAUGUCCACUGAGAGACGCUGUUUGUGUUGAAUGUGAGCGCGGGCUAUCCAGUUUUGGUGGUCGAGUGUUUUCUUGCGCCUAUUGUGGCCACAAGCUUUGUGAGGAUGACCAAUUUGAGCACCAGGCAAGCUGUCAACGUUUAGAAGGUGAGAGCUUUAAAUGUGCUUCAUGUAACAAAAUGGGAACACAAACGUGUCUCCGUUGUAAAGUUACAUAUUGUGACGACCACUGCAAGAGAAAAGGUGUGAAGUAUGAACGUGGAAAGCAUAUUCCUUGUCCGAAAUGCGGACAUGAUUUAACUGAUAGUUAUAAUUUGAGUGUAUCAGUUCGCAGCUACGAGUAUGGUCGCCAGACAUGUGUGGAAAACUACCCUGAUGAAGACACUGAGAGUGAAAACGAAGACGAACAGUGUUCUGAAAAAUCAGAUGAUUGUGAUGACGAUGAUUAUAAUUUGUUAGAUAAAUUAACCAUUGAAAAUUAA